AUGAGUACUGACGAAGGAUUGCCUCCCUACCAGGUGGUGGACGAGAGACAAGCUUGGUCUACCAAUAAUGACAAUGUACCAGCUAGUACAAAUGCUGUUGAUGGUGGUGUUACUGAGGAUAAACCUGUAUCAUUGAAUCUUACAGAAAAUACCAGUGGCGGCCUCCCUACACCCGAUCAAUGUAUUGCCCAUUUGGCUCUAUUAGAAGCGUUUUACAUGCUUCGUUUUGAUAUUGCCAAUCGGGAUGGUUUGUUUGGAAUAUCCAAUUCUAUGGCGGAGAAGUUCACGGGUGAUGAGAAGACACGAGCAAUGGCUAGCCUUUGCGAGAAGAGAUGGGCUACUUAUUUGGUUCGUGCUGAAGAGCGGUUCAGUAAAUGGUGGGCCACCCUUCCAAGAGAAAGCCCUAUGCCUACCCAAUCAGAAAUAAUAGCUAACCCAACGGUGUUCUCAUAUAUACCGAUAACGGGGACCAAGAUUCCAUUCACAAGGGAUAAUCUGCCUCCAGCAGACGUUUUAAUGGUUUGGCAUUCGUAUAUGUUGAAUCCACGCAAUUACUUGCAAGAUUGCAUUCGCCAGGGAAUGAGAGAUGUUUGGAGGACUGGUAUGCCUUGGAAAGCGCUAUACAGUUGCAUAUCAGGUGAUUCGGUCUAUAAGUCCAGUGACGGGGCUAAGAACAACUUUAAAAAUCUCACUGGAUGCGAAUGGGAUAAUCUCGAUGACCCACCUGUGAAAACACUCCAGUGCCCUAACUGCAAGGUUGAUAUACAAGUUCCAUGGACGUCAGGUAGCUUGGGUGAUGAUUUAUCUAAACCUUUCGAAAACUCUAGAGGCUAUGGAGACAAAAAUUUUGCCGUUCAAUGCUAUUCCUGCUCGUUAUAUAUCAAUCACCCAUUUCUAAGACUACAGAAGUUUCGAACUGACUUCCUAUUGUUGGCUACGAAGGAUGUGCCAAUGCCUGGGACAUUGCUCACAAGAGAUGGAUAUCCCGUCUCUAGCCGGCCUCCAAGCGAGUCGCAUCAAAGCUAUUUCUUUAUCAACCGCCUACUCAUGUUCCAGAUGAAUUCAUUUGAUCAAAUAUGUGACCCUGCUAUUACGUUAAAAGAGCAGAGACAAGGCGACCUUCAAUUUGAAAUGAGUUCUGUACGAAAGUUGCUGGAAAUGUGUCUGGUGAGAAGAGAUAUAGUUAGGAAAGUUAACAGCGGGGUAGUUAACACACAAAAAGGUCUUAUUAAUGGGAAGAUCGCAGUUCGACGGAUGAUGGCCUGUUACUGGGAAAAUAGCUCACCAUUUUCCAUUGAUCUAGUCGGCGCGAUGACCCGCCAGGGAACGUUUAUAGAGAAAAUGCAUAAUAUAGACUGGCUACAUUCACCAACAGUCUCAUCGACAAUGAAAUAUGCACUAAUAAAGUAUAGUAGGUUCAUGGAUAUCAUUGCCACCAAUCCCUCACGUGUAGCAGUACCAACAUUAGAUGUGGAUCUUGCAUGGCAUACCCACCAACUGUCGCCUUCCGACUACUAUCAUUAUUCAGAUAAAACAACGCACAAAUUCAUUGAUCACGAUGAUAAGAUAGAAGAGUCUAAGCUGUCAGAUGCUUAUGAGUGGACGUGUAAGACAUAUCAGAGAUUGUAUAAGGAGCCAUACUCAAGCUGCAUGUGCUGGUAUUGUGAAGCGAUUCGAGAGACUAACCGAUCCAUCUUACACUCGCGGUCUGAUGCAAAGGUUGAUGAAAAGCUUUUCAACCACAGCGAUAUAUCUGCUGAUCCGAAUAAGAACCCUCACAUAUCCGCGCAUAACGCUGUCCAGACCAUGGUUGUCGACACAGUAAAGAGAGCUCAUUUACGGCGCAAAGAGCAGAAGAUGAAGCAACUAGAAAAAGCUUAUAUGCUGGCACAAAAACGAGCCAAGAAGAAGGGACGUAACCUUCCAGAUAGAAACUACGACCCUUAUUAUUCAUCUUAUUGGGGCUGGGGGUAUCCCAUAAUCUUCCCUCUAGGAUAUGCACCAUUUUUCGGCUACCCACUUGGUGGCGAAUAUCUUUAUCCUUCAAAUCCUGCUUGUAUGUCUGCUGAUCCUGGGGCUGUUGGUAACUGCUGUAAUGGUACAUGCGGAGGCAAUGUUGCUCAAGGAGGAUGUGCUGGUAUGACCGGAGCCUGUGCCGGUGGGACAGUUGGUGCAUGUGCUGGAGGGGGAGGAGUAGGAGGAGCCUGUGGAGGUGGAUUAGGAGGUUGCGGUGGAGGAGGAGGAGGAGGAGGAGGAUGUGGAGGAGGAGGUGGUGGAGGUUGUGGAGGGGGUGGAGGAAGUUGUUAG